AUGCAAAGUCAACCAGAAUCAUCGCCAGCAGAGGUAGCUGCGGUUGUCGUUUUCUAUAUAGUCGCUGCUCUCAUAAUGGUCUUCGUCAAUAAAGCAGUCCUCAAUCACACUCCAGACCUGCCAUUUACCUUCCUUUGGGUCCAAACAUCCGUUGCUGUUGGCUUGCUUCGAAUCUUAGCCUUCCUCAAUACCACUCGACUUGCAUCUCAUAUGCCCCAAUUCAAGCUUCCGAUGUUCAAUAUUGUCACAUUCCAGGCUUUACUCCCGUACCUCAUAAUGGGUGUUUCGGGGCUGAUAUUCAACACUCUCUGCCUUGCUGGUGUCGACGCCGCGUUUUUCCAGAUUGCACGAGGACUAUUGCUUCCUUUUACAAUUGGCCUUUCUGCUCUGCAACUUCACGCACGACCGAGCUCUCAAAUACUUCUCGCAGCCGGAAUUGUCUCUGUUGGAUUUCUUAUCGGCAGCACCCCGACAUUCUACUACAAUGUCACCUCGUCGUUGACUUCUGGUGGUCGUAUUUCGCAUGAGUCCGCGAUGGGACUGGUUUAUGGGAUCAUUUCCUCCUUUAUCCUUUCGGUGCAUGCAGUUCUGAAAAAAUCAGCUCUCGGACAUGUUGACCAGUCGGUGAUCACGCUUUCGUACUGUGGCAAUCUCUUCAUGACAACCUUACUCGUCCCUUGCAUUAUACUUCAUGGAGAGCUCUCUGUGAUUCACAAGAAGUUCGACACUGAGUCAACCACCUAUUGGACACCAUUCAUCAUUGGAUCGUUAGUCACGGGGGUGUUUGGGUUUCUACUCGGAAUCUCGCAUUCUCUCUCGAUCAAAGUCACCUCUCCGAUAACGCAUAUGUUCUCAUCGGCUGCGAAAGGCGUCAUACAAACUCUGCUUGGCAUAUGGAUCUUUGGGGACAUCAUGACUUUAUCGCGCGUCUUCUCCAUCACUAUAAUCACAAGCGGGACCGUAUAUUUUACAUUUCUGCAAACCCGAGCCAAGCCCAAGCAUCGUCUUCCCAAGGCAAAUGUCAAGCAGGAUAUCGAGAGUCAAGCGCUGUUGGACCCUUCUGACCUGAGCGAGGAAAAGAAACAAAUAUUCGAAGGGAAGCCCGGUCCAGGAUGGGUUGUACGUUCUGAGCACGAGGAACAUGUUGAGCUCGAUGUUCUAAGGCAGAAAUCAGAGAAGGCCGAAAACGGUCCCGUUGCAUUGAAUGGUUUUGCACUAGGCAACAUCAAGAGUUGA